AUGACCUGGAUACCACACAUCCAGGACAUCAAAAUUAGAACAGUGACAAUAGCGAAGCAAAUGCGAUUAUUUCAUGGCCACAAAUGGGGCCUCAAUCCUCAUAUUCAGAAGGUCCUCUUCACCACAGUGGUGGAAAAGAUAGUCACUUAUGCAGCAGCAGUAUGGGCUCACCCAAUGCAAAGCAGGAAAAUUAAACACCUUUCUACCAUUCAAAGACCUUUUGCAUUGGGUAUCACUAGAGCCUACCGCACGACGUCUUCAGACGCGAUCAACGUGCUGGCUGGCCUUCUUCCCCUACACAUCCGUGUCGAAGAGGAGGCAGCAAGACAAAUCGUCCUGCAGCUUAAAAGACCUGUCACCUUUGAGGAAGAAUAUUUUAAUCCAGAGGACUAUGAAGCUAAAUGCUGCCCUCUGAAAAUCCAUCCAGCAGCCAAAGGCACCGGAAUAAGCAUAAUUACCAAUCCAACUACGGCCCACCGUCCAGCACAGAUUACUAUCUUCACUGACGGGUCGAAGAUAGACGAAAACGUGGGAAGUGCCUAUGUGGUCAUGCUGCAAGAUACAGUCAUAGAUCAAUGGAAGGGUCAACUAAGGCAAUUUAAUAGCGUUUUUCAGGGAGAAGCAGUGGCAAUUGCGCAAGCAAUCCGCUACCUGCAAUCCCACCACUCCCGCAACGCUACAAUAAAGACAGACAGUCUUUCUUCGCUAUACGCAAUAGGAAACCCUGACCACCCAUCCGAUAUUAUUCAGGGAAUACAGGAAGAUCUGCGAAAAAAUUCCCAACUCCAUACAAGACUUGAAUGGAUCAAAGCGCAUGCCGGCCACCACGGCAAUGAGUUGGCUGACCAUCUAGCCAAAGAAGCUGCCACAGGAGCAACAUCUCAACAAAUCAACAUCCCAUGGCCAGUGUCUUACCUGAAAAGAACAUUGCGCUUAAAGGCAAUCGGGAAAUGGCAGCAGACAUGGGAUAACAGCGAUACCGGCCGACGGACUUAUUACCAUGUCAGCUACGUGGACACUACCAAAAAUUUUGCAAACAUGCAAUUGGUAAGAUACAUUACGGGUCACGGACCAUUUCCCGAGUACUUUAACAAACGCGGGAUAAGUAACACUAGCCAGUGCGCCUGUGGACAGACUGGCUCUCCGGAGCAUUAUCUAACCUCCUGUCCCCUUACAGAAGGGCUACACAUCAACCUUCCGUCGACCAAUCGACAAGCUUUCUGUAAGUUUUUGAUAAAACAGAGGCACUUGGUUAGAAAAAUAGGGCUUUUAAUGGAUAAACUGGCCGAUCUUAACACAGACCUGUGCCAUACUUAG